CCUCCCUCCCUGCCUCUCUCCCAACCCAACCCAACCCAACCCUAGCCGCCCCAAUCUUCUUCUUCUUCUUCUUCUUCUUCUUCUUCUUCUCUCCUUGCUUGAAACACAGGCAACGGAUGGAUGGAGGCCUCUCCUUGCCUUUGCCCUUCUUCAUCACAAGAAGGCAAAAGGAUGGUUCAUGGAUGGAUGGAGGCCUCUCUUCUCUUCAAGACAAGAAGGCAAAAGGAGGAUUCAUGGAUGGAUGGACGGCCACCAUGACACGGUAGAUCCGGCCACCUCCUCCUUGGAUCUACAAUUUUUUUUUCUUUCGGAGCAAAAGUCGCCCUUGGAUCUGCAAGUUUUUGGGGCAAAGUCCGUCCAUGGUGUGCUACUCACCAUGCCCGUCAGGAUCCGCCAAGGUCUCCCUAGCCAUGCGGAGACGAACUCAGUUUCCUCUUUCUUUCUUUCUUUCCAAGAGGAAGGAAACUGGCCAUGGCCCAGCACCAUUUCGCCCGCCGACCAAGGCCAAGCACAAUUUCGCCCGCCGAAGGCCCAGGCGUCGCCGGACGACCAAGGCCCAGCACCAUUUCGCCCGCCGACCAAGGCCCAGCACCAUUUCGCCCACCGACCAAGGCCCAGCACCAUUUCGCCCACCGACCAGGGCCCAGGCGUCGCCCACCGACCAAGGCCCGGCACGACUACCCAGUCCCACGGCGCCGCCCACCCGACCCGACUCAUUUCCCUACUUCCUCUCCCCGACCCCUCCCCCAUCCCCAUCCCCAUCCCCAUCCAGAACCCUAGCUCCGCCUCCUCCACCGCCGCACCUCCAACCGCCGCCGCCGCGACACCGCCGGCCGGACUCCGAUGGCCAGCAGGAGGGGAGGCCAUGGAGAUGAGGGAGACCAGCCGGAUCAGGGAGAGCCGGCGGACCAGGGAGGACAGGCAGACCCCCGUGGCUACCAGGAGGAGACCUUCGCGGAUCGUGAGGAUUGGGACAGGUAUCGCGCGGAUGAGGGUGUUCUUCCAGGAAACGCGCCGUUGAACUCUUUCCUCGCGAGGAUCGCACGAGGGUUGGCAGCCAAAGCGCGCCAAGGAAGGCAGAUGGGACAGCACAUAUUUAACUACUUCAAAGCUGGGGACAAGGACAGCACCAACAUCUCGAGGGAUGAUUUCCUUGAAUUCAAAAAUCUUCUGGAGCUGUACCUAAAAGAAAUUAACUCUUCCAUAAAAGUCUCCAGUGCUGAGAAUGCCCUUGCGAUUGAGAAGUGCAUCGGUGCUCACUCCAAGGAUAUGGAGCACCUUCUGCAGCAGUUUGAAGCAAUGUCUGGUCAUGUUAAAGAGGCGGUGUCUAUGGGAGCGCGUGCUGAGAAGACAUCUUCAGAGAAUGCAGAAAAGAUUAUCCAGUUGCUUACGGAAAUUUCUGUCACUUUGAGGGAAGUUCCGCCUAGCAGUACUGGUUCAUUUGCUGACAGAUUCAUGCGGAUGUCGAAGUAUCCAUUCGAGGCAGGCCAGGUCUAUGAGCAGUUUCGACAGUACUUGGAAUUUCUUGGCGGAUUCUUAUUGCUUCUAGGAGUUCUGGAUCCAAAGGAUGAGCAACUGAAGGAGAGGUUCUUUGAAAAGUUCUUACCAGACACCACACCUGGGAUUUAUGAAGAUAUCUGCCGACAGGGUCGAGACCUCAUGUACAAGGAUUUCGCCUCUGACCUGAGCUUUCAGAUGUCAAUGCAGUGUGGUGAUGGUUUUGUUCUUACUUCAUCUGCCAAGAGAUCUCCAAUGGAUGACAAUGUGCAUGGCUGCCAGCUGAGACUUCGGCAGCCCCAACUGAGCCUUGAUUUCAAAUUUGAUACAACAAAACAUGUGAGCGCUAUAGUAUCUUUCCCUGGAGUGCUAGGCUGUGAUGUGAACCCUGUCCUUAAAGUCUGUUACCCAUUCCGGGACUCUUCGUUUAAUUUGGAUGCUCUUUAUCGGCAAGCUGGCUUUCGUGCAAUUGCUUCUAUGCACCCUGUUCGUGGUGAUGCAUUGGUGUCUCUGUCGGGCCUUUUUGGAUCCAGGAGGUUGAACUAUGGGGGUCUUAUGAAGAUGAAUUUGGGGAAUGAGGUGCCUAACUUUUAUUCCCUUGGUUGUUCCUUCAACACUGAAGCUUUCUCGUGUGGCAUCCAGUGUAAUAGCCAUGCUCAGGUGUUGAUGCUGUUAAAUCACAAGCUGGAGCCCUGUUCCUUAUUCAGAGACGCUGUGAGGAGGACCAACCUGGGAGGGGAUCUGUAUGAUCUGCUGGCACGGACCACUCCAUCGCAAACUAUGGUUGGCGCGCAAGCAAUUCAUUGCCUGGCAACUGGCUCGAGUGUGGUCAUGGUUGGUUGCGAGUAUGCUGAUCCGAGCACCCGCUUCAAGCUACGUGUGGGCAGUUCAGGCAUACUUAGUGCUGUUGUGAAGCACAAGUUUUUUGGGUCAGCAUGGGUUGCGCUGAAGUCACACUUCAACUUGAGGAAUAUCCGUGCCGCUCCUCGCCUCGGCCUGUCUAUCAGCAUCGGGGAGGCAUCGUCGUCAUCAUCUUAGUUGAGGAGGCAGGCAUUUGCAAGACCAGAGCUCUGGAAUGUUAUAGUUUAGUGGAGUAUCACGCUGCAAUGGUUGCUGGUUGGUGAUGGUGCCCUAGUCUCUCUGGAAGUUGGUUGCAGGAGCCUUUAACUUGUUUGGAGAUAGGUUUUGCUGUGUCGUAAACAGCAGUGAAAGUUUUGAUGAUGAUGAUGAUUUUGCUGUGUCGUAAACAGCAGUGAAAGUUUUGAUGAUGAUGAUUUUGCUGUGUCUUAAACAGCAGUGGAAGUUUUGAUGAUGAUGAUAUGAUGAAGUGGAUAUUUUAGA